GAAAACUCGUAUAUAGGUGUUUUAAACGUAUUUUUUAAUCACGAUUUAAAAAUAAUAUCAAAGUAAUAUGCAUGUUUAUUGCAAAUUAUUUGACUGAUUUAAGCGUAGGUACGCACGUGCAAGACCUUUCUAUAUGCAAGUGAUACAUCAAAAGAAGCACCCCCAUUUCAAUCAGAAAGAGUUUUGGACCAAAUAUUCCAGUCAUUCUGGUGGAAAAUUGCAGUAUGAUCCCGGGAAAUCCCCACUGGACUCGGGCAAACAAACAGUUCAUAGUCCUGAGAAAAGAAAAGCAAGUGACCAACCAGCACAGCCAGUCAAAGUGCAGAAAUUCUCCAUUAAUCUAGGAUCUAAACCAGCUAAGCCGGUGUCGGAUAAGGAAUCAGCUAAUGAGGAAGAGAAGAAACCCAAGGCUGCUCCAAUCAAAAUGUCACUAUCAUCACAGCCAAAGGAAGUUGCUCCAGUGCUUCCAAAGACCAAAAAAGUGGCGUCAAUUUUCAAUGACGAAGAGAGCGAUGAGGAAGAAGAAAUGCCCCCUGAAGCAAAAAUGAGAAUGAAGAAUGUAGGAAGGGAAACUCCAACAUCCACUGGUCCAAAUUCCUUUGGCAAAGGUCGAUUUGGAUUCUGUGACAGGAACAGUUUGUUUCAGAAAGAAAUGAAAAAGAAAAUGGAAGAGGUGUGUGAUGACUGAAGUUUAAAAAUUCUGGAAAGAAAACAAGAUUCUUUACAUAUAAAAGACUGCACGUCAAUUUGUCACAUAUACAUGCAUUUAACUGCCAUCAUGAUGAAAAAAAACAUUACCUGGCAAGAAUUCCUGCCUUUCAAUAGUGUAAAUCCUGAGAUUUGCAAGUGAGGUGUAAAAUCUAAGUACUGCUAGUACUGAUAGCUGAUGAGGAGUGUGAUUUUCAGUGUAUUAUGUACUGAUCUAGAUAGAUUUUUUUUUUUCAGUUGAGUUAUUAAUACUAUGUAUCUCAUUUGCAAAGAACUGUAUACUAUUAAAAGAAGAUGACAAAAUUUAAAAAAAAAACCAACAUAAUAGUGUCUACAUUACAUCAUCAUAUUUUUAUAACUCUAUAUUAUGCCCAAUUAAAUUAUAUUAAUUAAUUAUAAUUAUGAUAAAAAAUAAGUUUUCAUACCAAAUUUUUUUACAUGUUUUUUUUUCACUUAUUUUCAAUGUAAGAAUGAUUCACCUAGUUCCCUGUCGUUUUUAGUUAAGAACUGUAGGGAAAAAAUAAAAAGUUGGUUCAAGUUGUUUCAGCUAGCAUAUUCAUUCCUUUGAGAAUUGAAACAAUUUAAUAGCAACUUAAGAAGAUUUUUUUUGGUCAUAAUCAUUAUUAGGUUCCUAUGCUAGGUGAAAAGAGGUACGUAUAAGUUUUGUACAUACCGUUCAAGUUUUGAGACGCAGUCUGAAAACAAAUUUGAACGUUCCCUUAGGGCUUUUAUUAUUACUGGGAAAUGAGGACUCUACAACAUCAAAGCAAUAAAAGUGGCAUGAUUGUGAAAUACAAAGCUUCUGUUUCUUUUAGAUUGAGCUCCUCGGCCUUGAAAUUUUGCAUCAGAAUUGGCUUUAUGAUGCCUCAUUAACCAGUGAAAUUAAAUUUCCAUUGUUUGUAAAGCAUUAAAGUUACACUCUCAUAAGAUAUUGAUGCGUGUCAUGACAUAUAUCAGGUAGAUAGGGAGGGACAUGUUGACUUUGGCAAUAUCUGUUAUUUCCAGAGAUUCAAUUCAUCACAUAAUUAGAUUAAAAUUUCAUAUACUUCCUUGUAUGUAUUACAGUAAAACUUGUUUAUUACAAACACAGAUAUAGCAAAAUCUCAGAAAUGGCCAAGUUUUGUGGACAACAUAUCCUUGUUAAAUUUUACAUCUAUUACAAACUUGGUUAUAACGAAUCUACGAAUAUAGCAAACUAUUUUGAGUCCCGUAGAGGUUAAAAACAGUGAAAUUUACAUCUUUCAUAUAGUUGUUUUAAUUUGGUGAAAGUUGCCAAUGCUAAUUGAAAUCAAUAAUUUAAUGAAUUUAUUUUCAUGCACCUGCAUAAUUUUCAAUUCAAAUUUUUAGAAAUAUAUUUUCAUUUGUUACCUAAAUAAACACAAAUGGUGAUCAUGUGAAAAGAACCAUGUAUAACAAAUUCACUAAGCUUAUUUUUACGGUUUCCUUGCAUGGUUAUCAAGUAAAUUAUGGAUAUAGCGAAGUAAAUCAAAUGGUUCCUAGGAAUUUGCUAUAACAGAGUUUUACUGUAAUAUGUGGUCUGUCUUACAGUGUGUUCGAUGUUACUUACACGUAAUUAGUUAACAAUUGUGCCAUAUAUUUUUUUUUUCAAAUUUAAUAUUCCAGUUUAUACUUACACUAUCAAUGAGUAAUUGUCAAUCUCUCAAUAAAAACCUUGAGAAUAGCUUUCAUAUAGAGUUGAUGGAUUCAUUAUUAUAUUUUUAUGAAUGCAAGAUUCACGUUGGAAAAUCUGUUGAAAACACAGGACAUAUUUUUAUGUACAUGUAUUAUGUGCCAGUGGUGAACAAAGCAAUGAAAAGAUCAGAGCAAGUGGGUUACAGUUUAUUUACUUUUUAGCAUGUACUUUAUUCUAACUUUGUAGAAUCAGUCAGCAUUUAUUUAAGGUUUUUGAAAAACUUCAUGUGUUUUCUUAUUUGUUCUACUUUUUUCAUGUUAUUGUAUUGUUUUUCUAUGAAAAACAAAUGAUUUAUGUAUAAGACGAAUAAAAUAAUUUCUUGUAGAAA